AUGUCUGCUGAUCAUUACAGAGACAGAGUUCAGUACUUCCCCAAUAAAGACAAAACAUUCGUUCUCACUCUCAGUAAUGUGAGACAUGAGGAUGAAGGAAGGUACUGCCUCAGAAUUGUGACAAAUAAAGAAAAACAAAAAUAUCUUGGUUUUCCUGGGAUCGAGCUCAGAGUCACAGAGCUCAGAGUGGAGAUUCCUGAAGAGGUCGUUGAGAAAGAUUCACCUGUUUUAUUCUGUAAGAGCACCUGUAUCCUCUCAGGAACAGACUUUAUCUGGUAUAAAAACGGCAAGCGUUUAUCAGAACGGAGCGGCACGAAUCAGCUGUUGCUGCAGUCGGUCAGCAGUGAUGAUACGGGAAACUACAGCUGUGCAGCGAGAGAUCAGGAACAUCUGCCGACUCCUGCCGUCACUCUCAGCUCGACUGUAAGUCAUUCUUACUCUUUUUCAGAUCCUCCAAAGAGCGUCUCAGUGUCCAUCAGUCCGUCUGGUGAAAUAGUGUCAGGAGAUUCAGUGACUCUGAACUGCAGCAGUGAUUCAAACCCUCCUGCUCUGAACUUCAGCUGGUUUAAGGAGGAUGAAACCUCAGCUGUUGGAUCUGGACAGAGUUUCAGCAUCUCCAGCUUUAGCUCCAGUUUCAGUGGACGCUUCUACUGUGAGGCUCAGAAUAAAUAUGGAUCUCAGAGAUCAGCGUCUGUGUCUCUUUCUGUAUCAUUUGCAGGUGGACGGACCGCAGGUCUCUAUGCAGCUGCUGGAAUCGGGGCUGCGCUCAUCUGCAUCUGCAUUAUUGUUGUAGUAAUAAAGAUCAUAAGUAGGAAAACAGGAGAUACUGGCGUCAGAGGUGGCGUUUCAAAACAGGAGAACAGCAGCGCAGCGGUGACGGAUCAGAUGAGCACGAGUGAUUCAGGCGUUCAGAAUGACGUGAUCUACUCAAGCAUCGAUCACAAGAGACCCAGGAAGCAUCAGAGCGCUGGAGAUGAAAACGAGCUUCAGUACGCCAGCGUCCAUCACCACAGAAACACAGGGAACACGAGUGUGAAGGCUGAAGGUCCGUCUGGAGAUGUGAGGGAUCUCUGUCCUGCUGACUCUGUCAGAUCGGAUGAUUCCUCUGUGAUCUACAGCAGCAUCAAUGUCACAUGAAGAAUUUGAGCAUCUGAUCACAAACAUCUGAACUGCUGAAAACAUCGUGUCGACAAACUCCUCAUCUGAAAUCUCCUGAAUGAGGCGUGAAAUGGAAGUUGCAACUAACUUUACUGCCAUUUAGUGAUUUAUUUCCGAGUGAAGCUCUUUUGUGUGUGUGUGUUACUGUUUUAGAUAUAGAUGGUCUGUAUAAAUUGUUUUUACCAGAGUGUGUUGCUUAUUCACAAGCUGCAGCUGCUUCAUCGCAUACAUAUUGUGGACUGUAAAUAUCACUUCAUCCAGCGCUUUUUUUUUGUGUAAUAAAGUAUCCAGAUACAAUAUGAAAAA